CCUCUGGUCUAUUCCUUCACUCUGCUCUCAAUUCUGUCAUCUCAUCAGGUCCAGAUCAAAGCUUCGAAAAAACCAUGGCUGAAAAGCAAGUCACAGAAAUGGUGAUCAAGGUUGCCCUUGAAUGUGAGAAAUGCCACAAGAAAAGCAAGAAAGUACUGUGUAGAAUCCCUCAAAUUCAGAACCAGAUAUAUGACAAGAAGGCAGGCACAGUGACCAUCACUGUGGUAUGUUGCAGUCCUGAAAAGAUCAAGGAAAAGAUAAUCUGUAAGGGAGGUGAAGCUGUCCAGAGCAUUGAGAUCAAGGUUCCAGAGAAACCCAAAGAACCACCAGCUAAAACUAAAGAACCGGAGAAGCCAAAAGAACCUGAAAAGCCUAAGCAAACGGAGAAUUCCAAAGAACCGGAGAAGCCCGAAGAACCAGAGAAACCCAAAGAACCGGAAAAAGCCAAAGAACCAGAGAAACCGUCACCACCACCUAAAGCUCCGGAACCAGUCCACCCAAGGACAUGUUGUGCUGAAUGCUACCAUGGGAUUAGUGGAGGCCCAUGUAAUCAAGACUAUGGUAGGCGAGCACCCCCAUGUUAUGAAGCUUAUGGAAGGCCAGUGUAUGAUAGUUGGUCUGGCAGCGGCGGCGGCUGUGGUUGCCAAAGAAGCGGUUACUAUGUGUGCAGAUGUGAAUACGUCUGCGAAGAUAAUCCCCCGUCAUGCACGAUCAUGUGAAAGCAUCUAGAAUGUCCGUAUUGCCUUAAGCCAAAUUCCACCAAAAAUCACUGGGUUUGGAAAUUAUUAUGGUGUCGAUAUGAUCAAAUUAAACAAUAGCAUUACGUAUGCUCAUGUCAUAACCUUGUCUAGCUA